AUGUUCCAAGAGGGUUGCAUUCGAAGGGUGAGCUUUGUAGACUGGAUCAUCCUGAAGAUCUGUUUCAAGGAAGUUCGGCCAAAUCAACUGGGAGGUUUCCGGGCGUUCGAGUUCGUCGAUCCCGAGGCUUCUCGGUAUCUCGUUCAUGGCAACGACAUACGCCAUUUGCGUAAUCACCUUACCACACCUGUUCUCCUGCACACCAGGACGUUAUCGACCCUACUCGAUCUGGAUCCGCUACUGAACAAUUCCGCCUGGACGAAGUAUAAGCGCCACAACCGCUCCUCGGCGGCGAAGCCUGGAGAUUCGCAGCUAUUGUGCUUCCUUGAUCUCCCUGGCGAGCUUCAGGACGCAGUCUACCAAGUCUCCAUAGUCGACAAAACCUUGUCCGUCCGGAGACACCGCACCAGGCGCCCUCAGGUCGAGUGGGAGGCGCAUCUGCCCGAGAAAUUCGGUGGCUGCGGACCAUCGAUCGGAUUGAUUCCUGGCACUGAGGACGCCAUCAUGACUCAACUCGGCAUGAAAUGGCGGCAGGUGCAAUGCCUUUCCCACUUGCGGACACUAGACUGCCCAGCUCUAAUGACGCACUCAGUCAUGGAGGGUGCCUACACAUUCGGCAGGGCACCGCGGUCCAUGUUCAAGAGCUUGUUCUUGGUCGACUCUCGAUACCAUCGCCUGCGGUGGCCAGCCUGGCGACUCAUUUCCAAGGCCAUGCUCGCUGAAGACGAGCACGACCGUGGUGGCUUUGUCAACUACUACACGUUCGACUGCGUGCAUUUCCGGACCCGUGUGCUGCUCAACCCCCGAGGCCAGCUCCAGGGGCUUCGGGGAGAGGAACAACUACACACGUACUUGGCCUGUCCAAUUUUCUCGAGACGCCGGCGACGUUGGCGCUGGGGUGCAGAAGCUUGGAACACACAAGCGGAGGGUGGUAUUCCUGAUCAUGGCGAAGGGGUUUUCGGAGCCUCGUAUGCAGCUUUAGAGCCGGGGUCUAAGACGUUAUAA